UAAUUAAAUUCAUUUCUAUUAAAUAAUCUCCUCCAGCCCUUGUAUAUAUAGCAGCUAGCUAUACACAUGUAUCUUGGACUCAUAUCUAGCUAAUAACGUGCUCUUAGCUUGUAAGGACCACAUUUCAGUCUCUCCAUACUGAUCAACCAACCUUGGAAACAAUAUGAUCGGAUGGGAAGACAUAUACAAGGUGGUUGUUGCGAUGGUCCCCUUGUACCUGGCGCUGAUGCUGGGGUACGGCUCGGUGAAGUGGUGGCACAUGUUCACGCCUGAGCAGUGCGACGGCAUAAACCGCUUUGUUUGCUACUUCAUCGUCCCGCUCUUCUGCUUCGAGUUCACCGCACGCCAUGCUAAUCUGUUCGAGAUGAACUACCUAUGCCUGGGGGCAGAUGCCGUCUCGAAGCUUUUAACCGUGCUGGCGAUUGCAAUCUGGGCUAAGUUCAGCGCCAAGGCGGACUAUAACUGGUGCAUAACCGCAUUCUCCUUGUGCACAUUGACUAACCUCCUCAUAGUGGGGAUACCGGUUGUGAGCUCGAUGUACGGGCAGACGGGUGUGGACCUCAUCGUUCAGCUAUGCGUAGUGCAGUCUGUUAUAUGGUUCCCGAUCCUGUUGUGCUUUCUUGAGUUCCGGAAGUCGAGGAUGGAUCUGUCGAGUAACCCUGACAUGAAACCAGUAGAAAGUGUGACUAGUCUCGACGAGAAGGAAAAAGGCACAGAGGGAAGUGCGAGUCACGAUGACACAACUAGGAGCAUUACUAGUACAUGUAGUACAAGACGAUCAAGCUUGUGGUCUUUGACGAAAGUUGUGGGGAUGAAAUUGGCCUUUAAUCCUACCGUGUGCUCUUGUGUUCUUGGCAUUGCCUGGGCUGUAGCGGCUCAAAGGUUGAAGUUUAAGAUGCCAAGCAUCAUUGAAGGCUGUGUUUUGAUACUAUCAAGAGCCGGAACAGGCACUUCUAUGUUUACUAUAGGCAUAUUCAUAGCAAUGCAGAGAAAAAUCAUAGCUUGUGGGACGGGGCAGAGCGUCCUAGCGAUGGUUUUGAGGUUCAUUGUUGGACCUGCAUUAGCCACCGUCGCGUCUCUUGCAGUUGGCUUGCACGGCAAUGUUCUCCGUAUUGCCAUCAUUCAGGCGGCGCUGCCUCAGUCCAUUACAACCUUUAUAUUUGCCAACGAAUACGGACUGCAUGCCAACGUCCUGAGUGUCGCGGUGGUCUUUGGUACUUUGCUCUCCCUUCCGGUGCUAGUCACCUAUUAUGCAGUUCUAGAGGUCAUUUGAACCAUCGUGCUCGUCGGGUGCCCUAAUUACUAGCUCUCGCAGCGCAACUUCACGCUUUGGAGGCAUAUUGUUGCACGUAGUGCUAGACUUUCUGCGAAGUAGCUUUGCUAUAAUUAUACUAUUGCUGUAACCAUAAUUGCUGAUGCAAAAGUGCUAAAAUAUAAUUACGACCGAAAAGUAAUAAAAUAUAAUUGUUGUAAAAUAAA